AUGACGGCAUUUUACCAUACCGACGCCCACUGGCGAGCUCUUUGGAAGUCGACCACACUUGAAGAAAUCAUUAGAGGUGCCGCUGCUCGAAUGUCGCAUGGUCUUGCAUCAGGCCGCGAAGGAAAACGGCACUUGAAAGCCACUGAUGACGACACUGGUGAAAUUAUUGGGUAUGCUCGGUGGAUUCUGCCUGAUGCCAGUAGCACAUUGAACUGGCCAGAGGCUCUUGUCCGAGAACCAACCGACGAUGAAUCAGAAAGUUUCAAGGCCAAGUUCCAAGCCAACACCGAGGAAGGUAUGAUUCCGGGGAUGGAUACGCGUCUGCAAGAGGCUCUUGGUCUUCCCCUCGAGAAUGCUGAGAUUGAACUCAUGAAGAACCAAGAAGGACCAUUUCUGGGUAUGCUGGCCCCAUUUGGUUCAGUCACCUCAAUACUUGCACCAUAUCACUCGGAAGUGAGCCAAGACUAA